AUGAAUUUGAGUUUAUUCCUGGCGGGAACUCCUCCGGGUGAUCUUCUUGCUUUGGAACGCAAAAGAGUCCGAAGUAAACUUGACGAUCCGGACAGAGCUGAUUCAAAGGAUGAGAUCCGGAGAGCAAAGCGAGAUAUCUUGCUUGCUGCCUGGUCGAACCGAUGGAGUCGGGGCGUUAGAGGAGCCUGGACGCGCACGAUUCUUCCGGACCUGAUAAGAUGGACGAAAAGAUGCCCCAAAGACCUCACGUUUCAUGUAACGCAGGCUCUUACGGGACACGGGUGUUUCAAGUACUACCUACACAGGAUGAAGCGCGCCCCUGAUGCGGCUUGCCUGUACUGCCAACACCCUGAGGACACUGCGGAACACACAAUAUUUGAUUGUGCUUACUGGGAUCCGCUUCAGCUGCCAGUGAAGAUGUUUGUUGGUAACCGAAAUUUAACACCGGGAGACGUCCAGGAUUUGAUGUGCGGCCCCUCUGAUGUCCCGUUCAACGAGAACGACCGGCUACGGGCUGCCUCCCAACGUGCCACUCAGUCCUUUUAUGACAUGGUUGACAACAUUUUAAGCUGCAAGGAGCAUGAUGAAAAGAUAGCUGAGACCGAAUGA